CUCCUAUCUCUCUUUAUGAUUAAACAUUCAUUGACAGCUGAUUUUAACGACUCUGUUUCCUGUGUUUGUCUCAGUUUGGUGGAUCUGCUGGUUGGCGCUCCUCUCUUCAUGGACAGAGGCCCUGAUGGGAAACUGAGGGAGGUGGGACAGGUGUCUGUGUACCUGGGUCGUGGUGGGUUUUCCUUCCACCCUCCUCAGCAGCUCAUCGGGUCAGAGGUUUACGCCCGAUAUGGCUCUGCCAUCACCACACUGGGAGACCUGGACAUGGACGGAUUCAAUGACGUGGCGAUCUCUGCUCCGUACGGGGGUCCAGAUCGGUAUGGUCGCAUCUACAUCCAUAACGGCCGCCCUCAGGGGCCCAACGCCACACCUUCACAGGUCCUGAAGGGUAAAUGGGCGUCCAGCUACAUGCCUUCAAGCUUCGGAUACUCCAUGACAGGAAACACUGACAUAGAAAACGGAUACCCAGAUUUAAUAGUCGGGGUGUUUGGAGCCGACAAAGCUGUUUUAUACAGAGCUCGUCCUGUGAUCAGUGUGAACGCCACAUUGGACAUGACGCCUCAGAUCAUUAACCCUGAGGAGAAGUCGUGCAACAUCUCUGGAACAAAUACGCCGGUGUCCUGUUUCAAGGUAAAGUACUGUCUGAAGGCCAGCGGCAUCAGCGCUCCACCCACUCUCAAUUUCCGUGUGGACCUGGAGCUGGAUCGUCUGAAGCAGAAGGAGUCGACCAAACGCGUCCUCUUCCUGCACGAUCAAGCCUUUCAUUACUCCAAGAACAUGGUGGUCAACAACGGGAAAGGCCCCACCUGCGAGGAGCAGUUCGUCUACCUGGGGGAGGGCCAAGAUGUUAGGGAUAAGAUCACACCCAUCUCUGUGGCGAUGGAUUACACUCUGAACUAUCAGAUGGCUGCAGAUCCGACUGGCCUGCUGCCCAUCCUCCACAUGUCGACACCGUCCAACGUCACCAAGCAGGCUCACAUCCUGUUGGACUGUGGCGACGACAACAUCUGUAAACCCGACCUGAAGCUGUCCGUGAAGAGUGACCGCGAGCAGAUCUACAUCGGAGAUGAUAACGCUCUGACUCUGGAGGUGGUCGCUGAGAAUAAAGGAGAGGGAGCGUACGAGGCAGAGUUGCACAUCUACCCGCCGCAGCUGGCUGACUUCACCAGGGUCGUCCCCAGCGAUACUCACAGCAGAGUCUCCUGCACCUACAAGAAGGAGAACCAGACCAAGAUUGUGGUGUGUGACCUGGGAAACCCCAUGAAGGCAGGAACUGUGAUUAAGACAGCGCUGAGUUUCAGCGUACAUCUGGUAUCAGAGGAGGAGACAUCUGUGAAGUUUGACCUUAAGAUGGUCAGCUCGAACCAGUUCGACAACACGAGUCCUCGAGUGUCCAGCGUCACCAAACUGGCGGUCCUGGCUAAAGUCUCCAUCAGAGGGACGUCGUCUCCCAGUCAGAUUCUUCUUCCCAUCGCCAACUGGAAACCCAGACAUCCUGCUGUGAGCGUAGACGACCAGGGACCUCAGAUAGUCCACGUCUACGAGCUCCUGAACAGCGGGCCGAGUACGUUCAGUAAGGCGUCUCUGGAGGUCGAGUUGCCGUAUCAUUACAAGAACGACUCUCUGCUCUACGUUGUAUCUUUCGAGACCGAGGGGCCGAUUAACUGCACCACGGACAUCGAGCUCAACCCGCUCAACCUGUCGAGCCCGCUAUCCUCAGCGAAGAACAUCAGCGGUGGGAUACCUCCCAGAGAGACAGAGACAGAGGGACGAAACAGACACCAAGUCCGCAGGAGAGAAGUGGAGUCAACAAGAGACUCACAGAACGACCUGCAGACACUGGACUGUAACACAGCAGACUGUCUGCGGCUCAGGUGUCAGGUGGGUCGACUGGUGAAGGGGAAGAACGCCAUCGUGUUCAUCUACUCCAGACUGACCGUCAACAACUUCCUCAGGACGGAGAAUCAGAAUCGUUCGUAUAUGGUACAAUCGACUGCGUCCUUCAACGUCAUCGAGAUGCCGUAUAAGAACCUGGACUCAGAGCUGUCGUCCAACAGCACCAUGGUCAGUGUGUCGGUCAUGUGGGUGGCGGAGCCGCCUCAGUCGGUCCCGGGUUGGGUCGUAGCCCUGGCAGUGUUAGCCGGUCUGCUGCUGCUCGCUCUGCUCAUCUUCAUCAUGUACAAGCUGGGCUUCUUUAAGAGGGUCCGCCCCCCCCAGGAGGACUGCACAGAGAAGGAGCAGCUGCAGCCGGAGGAGAACGGAAACACUGACGCCUAGAGGUCAAACUGAGGAGGGGCGCCCCCCUACUGUUUGUACAGAACAAUUUAGGGGAACACGGCCGCUGAGAGAGUUUCACUGUAUUCACUGUUGGAUGGGAGAUAAGGUACUGUUUCAAGUUUUUUUUUUUUUUUACAAGUGUUCUUUUUCUGUUUGUGCCAAAAGAGAACGUCAGA